AUGUUCGACAGCGAGAACGUGGACACCGUGGAAGGCAUGAAGACCAAGCGGGAGACAGGCAAGGCGCGAUUUCGCCUGGAUUCGUCCUUGCUGGACGAGUCGUUACAUGUACCUCUUGGCAUGGUCGAGCGCAUCAUCAAAGACGGCCGCAAGGACAAAGAGGCCAAGCGACAGCGAGCGCUGGCCCACGCCGCCAAAGAGAAGGAGAUCCGAGCACGGUACCAAGUCAUCGGCGAGGCGCGGCAGCCCCAACGCAGCGGCCCGCAGCCGGCGAAAGGCCGCGAUGUCAAGUCCCAGUCCGUGGUGCCCAAGACCGAAGGACGCGAAGGACCGGCGUCAAAGCCCGCCGCCGACGAUGCUCAGGCCAUGCUGUUUGAGGACGUCCUUGAGGUGGAGGAGGCACCCGGGCCUGACGUCUCGCCCUCCCCGGCCGUGCCGUCGCCCGGGCAGAUGCUCGCGCGCGUCACCCGCUCCCUCACCGACGUCCCAGCACAGCGGGAGGAGCAUCCCGGCUUCGAUCCUGAAGCGGCCUUGAGCACGAUCUUGGCGGCCGCGAACCGGCCGAAGGAGGCCGCUUCCAACGAUUUGGUGAAGCUGAUGCGACAGCUGGAACAGGAGCUCCCUCGUCUGCCUCCGAGCUUCGCUGCGCGCAUCACCCCGGUGGCCUCCUUGGGGAUUCCCGGCCUGCAGUUGUCCGCUGCGGCGCUGGAGCGCCUAGGGAAGCAGGCCAAGUCGUUGGAUGAGAGGACCUUGGCCAGCGCUCUGCUCGGUUGCGCCCGGCUGCGCCGAGCCGCGCAGCGCGCAGCGGGAGCGCCGACCGCCAAGGAAGCCCAGCAGGUGGCAUCUGCUGCGGUCCGCGACUUCGCGGCGGUGCUCGGCCGCCGCCGGGGGCAGAGCCUACGGCCCUUAGAGGCGGCUUCCUUGGCGGUGAGCUGUGCCAAGGCCCCUGGCAGCCCGCGUGAGGGAUGCCCGACUGCUCGGAUCCUUUGCUUCCACGCUGACGGCCCACCUGCAGGCCGGCGGCGAUGUCAAGCUCAGCCAUUCCGAUGUCAUGGCUUGCCUCGCCGCCUAUGUGAGCACCUCCCUGCCGGAUGA